AUGUCGGCCCGCCACGUGUCGCGUUGCCGCGGUGCCGGCCGUUGCCGCCCUCGAACGGCCUCCCGCGUCGUCAAACCUUACGCGCGGAAUUUUAAAUCUACUAAUCCAGCAGCAUAUUUACCAAUAUACCCUCCGUUCCGGCUCCCUAAAAGAGGGGAAAAACCGCCCACACCCACGUCGGCGGCCAUACUCCGCCAUGCCUCCGCGUUCCUCGACGACGCCCUCUCCAAUCCCGACCUCCGCCGCGCAUCCUCUCCGCCGCGCGGCCGCCGAUUCCCCUCUUCCUCCUCCUCCUCCUCCGCCUCCGCCGAGGCUGCGGCGGCGCCGCUGCUCCAGGCCCUCUCCCUCCUCUCCCAAGCCCUAGACUCCGGCGAUCGCGGCGGCGGCGGCGGCGGCGGCGCGGCCACACCGAGCCGACCCUCCCCCGCCGCCCUCCGCGCCGCCGAGAAGCUCCUCCUCUCCCUCCCCGCCGCCACCCCCCUCUCCGCCCUCCUCCUCGCCCUCGCCGCCGCCUCGCGCCGCCGCCCCGCCGCCGCCGCCGCCGCCCUCCUCGACCUCUUCGCCCUCGACCCCGCCCUCGCGCGCCACGAGGUCGCCCCCGCCCUCUUCGAGGACCUCUUCGUCCCCCACCUCCUCCCCAUAACCCGCCGCUUCGCGGACCAGCGGGCCCGCAUCCUCUCAUCCCCCAGCGCCGCCGCCGGACGAUCGGCGGGGGCGGAGGAGGACGAGGGGAGGUCGGCGGCGAUGGCGGCGGCGGCGGUGCUGUCGAGGAUGAGUGGGGAGCAGGCGGCAGAAUUGAAGGAUCUAGAAAGGGGGUAUGAGGAGGUGCUUGAUGCCAAUUCUAGGGUUUACGCACAGUGCCUCAAGAAGAUUCUAGAAUCUGGCGAUCAACCUAGCGACACGCAGGGCCCGCCGGAGCUCAUUUGGACGAGGAUUAGCGGCGAAACGAAGGAGAUUAAGGAGGCAAUAGUGGAAGUUGUUGAUGAUGAUGAUGGUGAUGAUGAUGAUGAUGACAAAGAGGAGGUUGGUGAAGAAAUGAGAAGUGAGAUUGGGUUAAGGAACGGGCGCUAUAAUCCGAUAUGGGCUGAAGCAGAUCAAUCGAUUGAAUCCUUCAGUAGGCAAACCACCGGAAAGCUAAGAAAUGUCGCAAAAUAUCCAUCCUUGUAUCCUCAGAGGGUUUCUCCGCAUCUCCUAUUCAGGGAACCUUCUAACGGUGACAAUUAUUCAGCGAACCUUAGAAGCCAAAGAAGUCUCGCAAAAUCUCCACCCCUGUAUCCCCAUCUCUUCGCCAGGCAGACGUCUAAUGCCGAUAGGAGUUCUGAAGCAAACUUUGUAUCUCAUCGCAGCCCAUCUGUCUCGUUUGAUGAAAACUACUCAGAGGACUCUUCAGAAAUUGAGGCUGAUAUGGAGGAAAGAAACACUCCUACAGCUUUGUUGCAGAACAAGAGAAUUCACUUCCAAAUAAAAAUGCAAGGGUUUGCUGAGCCCGCAUGCCCACCAAGUCCUCCGAUGGUCGAUUCAGAUAAGAUACUCGCUUCUGGUAGACAAACUCCUCCCAAGGACUUUGUGUGCCCAAUAACAAGUCAACUAUUCAAUGAUCCUGUGACGCUUGAAACUGGUCAGACCUAUGAGCGGAAAGCGAUCCUAGAAUGGCUAGAGCGUGGCAACUCUACAUGCCCUAUCACUCGGCAACAGCUGCACAGCACCCAGCUACCGAAAACGAACUAUGUCCUUAAACGGCUCAUCGCUAGCUGGCAAGAUCAGCACCCUUACUCGACCCCAGCAAGAAUGGAAACUCCCCCUCCGAAAAGUGCUUCCGAUACUAAUCAGCUGGGCCAUGCACCUUCUCCAACAAGUGUGAUAAGCCAAGCCUCUUUUGAUCGCAGGAGUGGUGAUCUUUCUCUUGCACUAUCACGUCUUUGUACGUCUGAAGAUUUGAGUGAGUCUGAAAUGGCCGUCCUCCAGAUUGAAUGGCUUCUCAGAGAAGCCAGUGGUGAAGCCAGGGUUCUCACAGCACUGUCGAAACCAGCAGUUGUUAAUGGCUUUGUCGAAAUCUUGUUCAAUUCCGUCAAUCCCCAGGUUCUACGAGUGGCGGUGUUCCUACUUUCUGAGCUAGCAUCUAAGGACAAACUUGUCGUUCAGACACUUACGAGGGUUGAUUCAGAUGUGGAUUGCAUGGUUGCUCUCUUCAAGAAGGGGUUGAUCGAAGCAGUUGUACUAAUUUACCUGCUAAGCCCUUCUUUGGAACGGCUUAUUGAAAUGGAUAUGGCUGAGGCUCUCUUGAUGGCUAUCAAAAAGAGAGAAGAUGAUCAGUUUCAAAUGUGUGUUAAGCCGAAGACUGCUUCAGUUUUCCUUUUGGGUCAGAUUCUUAGAGAAGAUCAUAAGAAUGCGUCUUUAAUUGUUUCUUCUAUGAUUUCUGAAAGAGUGAUUGAAAGUGUCAUCGCGAGCUUGGAAUCUGAACUGGUGGAGGAAAGGACUGCUGCAGUAGGAAUCUUGCUGAGAGGCAUGGAGGAGGAUGGGCACUGUAGGAAUGUUAUCGCUGAGAAAGUCGUGUUGGUGCCUGUUCUGGAAAGCUUUUUGGUAGUGAGUGAUGUGGAACAGUUUGAGAUUGUUCAGUUCCUUUAUGAAUUAGUGAAGCUAAGUAGGAGGUCAUGUAUUGAGCGCCUUCUUCGAAUCAUUAAAGAUGGUGGCGCCUUUAGUAUGAUGCACACACUUCUUGUGUAUCUGCAGACGGCUCUUCAGGAGCAGUUGCCCAUUAUUGCGGGACUACUUCUUCAGCUUGAUCUUUUGGUUGAACCAAGGAAAAUGAGUAUAUACCGUGAAGAAGCAAUAGACGCUCUUAUUUCAUGCCUCAAGUGUGAUUUCCCCAGGAUCCAACUUUUGGCUGCUGAGACAAUAUUGGCUCUCCAAGGCAGAUUCUCAGCCUCCGGGAGAAGUCUUGCUCGAGCUUUUCUGUUAAAGCAUGCACGGAUGAAUAAAAGAUACAGAGCACUAAUGCGAGCAGAGCAGAUGGGUAACGCUCUAGAAGACUCGGAGGAUAAUUUGGAAGAAGAGAAGGCUGCUAAUGAAUGGGAAAGGAAAAUAGCAUACUCCCUAGCGAGCCAUGAAUUUGGAUUGCUAUUUGAAGCUUUAGCUGAAGGUCUGAAGAGCCGAGAUUUGGAGUUGUUCUCAGCAUGUCUUAUAUCUGCAACCUGGCUCAUCCACAUGCUCUCUUUUCUUCCUGAUACUGGGGUUCGAGGAGCUGCGAGAGUUUGCUUGUUAAGGCAAUUCAUAUCGAUUCUGAAGUCAGCAAGGCAUACUGAUGAAAGAGUUUUCGCCAUGCUAGCUCUGAGAAACUUUAUGCAUGACCCUGAGGGAAUGCAUGAUGUGACUCUCCACAUCAAGGAUGUAGUGAAAACUUUAAGAGAGCUGAAGAAAUCCUCAGUCUUAGCAUAUGACAUGUUAAAGCUUCUCUCAGAUGGCCAAGAAUCCAGCGUUGAUAUGUGGAGUCAUAAAGAGUUGGUUCAAGUAGAUUGCGCUACAAAUGGAGAAGUGUUGUCAAUAAUUUACCACAAACAUUUGAUUUUUUCUGGACACUCAGAUGGGACAAUAAAGGUUUGGGAAGGCAGCGACCGCCUCCUCCAUCCUGUCAAUGAAUUUCGUGAACAUUCAAAAGCAGUCACCAGUUUGGCAAUAUCAAACUCGGGGGAGAGAUUGUACAGUGGCUCUCUUGACAAAUUUAUAAGGGUAUGGGCCAUUCGAGAUAGAGAUCUUCAUUGUGUUGAAGUGCAUGACACAAAAGAGCAAGUUCAUAAUUUAAUUGUCUCAAAUACCAUUGCUUGCUUCACUCCACAAGGAGCUGGUGUUAAGUUACUGCCCUGGAAUGGGAAUUCCAAGCUUCUUAACCCAAACAAGCAUGUAAGGUCUUUAGUUCAAGUCCAGGGGAAGCUUUACUGUGGAUGUAAUGAUAGCAGUAUCCAGGAAAUCGAUUUGGCUAGUGGAACAUUAGCUACAGUCCAAUCAGGAAAUAAGAGGCUGCUGGGAAAAGCAAGUCCCAUAUAUGCAGUGCAAGUUCAUGAUGGAUUGCUGUAUUCAGGCAGCACUUCUGCAGAUGGAGGAGCAGUUAAGAUAUGGAGCACUUCGAAUUACAAUCUCGUUGGAUCUAUACCAUCAAUGAUGGAAGUGCGGUCAAUGGUUAUCAGCGCCGAAUUAAUAUACUUGGGCAGUAAGGUGGGUGUUGUAGAGAUCUGGUCGAAGGAGAAGCUUACUAAGAUAGGAGCACUUCAGAUCGGCACCAACUCUCGGGUCCAAUGCAUGGCACUUGAUGCUGAUGGAGAAGUUUUGGUCGUAGGAACAUCCGAUGGAAAAAUCCAGGCUUGGGGAUUUGCUUGAAUGAAAGAAGGAUGUCGACGGUAGAAAUUCACCAUACUCCAAGUAGAUUAUGGAAUGUAAACUAGAGAGCGCGCAGAAGGGGCAGAAGAGAUGAAUAGUGCAAUCCUCAGCUGGAAUUUGGACCAAAUUAUACUUGAGCCUUAGCUUUCGCAUGUUAUUGGAGCACAAAACUGAGGAAACUACAAGUGGAAGCAGCAGGGCAAGCUACAAGAUAUUCAGAACAACUCUAUCCGAAGAAGCUGCAGUGGAUAAAUUCUGAUAUAUCAUGUGAAAAAAUUAGAGACCAAUUAUGGUCUACGACCUAAAGUGCCUGUAAAUAAGAAAUCAUUUGAUUUUGGGUUUUUCACGUAUACGGGGGAUUGGAAAACAGUAUAACAUACACAAGUAGAAGUUUUUUUCUGGGGAAUUGAAUGAUAUAAGAUUGUGAUGAUCUAUAUAUGGAUUUUCAAAUUGGAAAACCUUUACCUAGAUUGUGGAACUA